AUGUGUAGAAAUUGUCGUAGCUUCUCCAUCCACCCGCACUGUGCUCUUCUCCCGGACACGGUCACCCACAAAUUCGACCAACACCUUUUGAAGCUAAUCACGAGCUCGAGUAGAGGAGAAGAAGAAAACGGGCUUUGCGAGAUUUGUGAAAAGGAUAUGGAUUGGAGAAAAUGGCACUACGGUUGCGAAAAAUGUAAGCAAUAUUUUCACGCGAACUGCAUUCCUUGUCUCGAUCAUCUGUCAAAGAUUAAGUUCGAUUUUGAGGUUUCGGUCGGGUGCCAUGGGUGUCCAGUUGCCUGCGUUCGGGCAGUUUCGGUCGAUGGAUACAUGUGUGGCCAUU